AUGGAAAGGCGGAGCCGGACGAUGAUGCAGUUUGAUCUUGGGAUUGGGGAGGGUGGUGGUGCGCUAAAGUAUGGGGGAGUGACCCCGCCACCGAAGUUGCCAGAGUUAGCGGAGUUGGGUGGUGGUAUUUCUGGGAGUAGGGACGACGAAGGGUUUUAUGAUGGCCCUAGAUUAGACAUGCCAGAGGUGGCUAGGUUUGGUGGACGCAGGUGAUGCGGUAUGAUUGCUAGUAUUUGCUUAUUGUUUUCUUCCGGGUCAGGUUCGGGGGAGUACGGUAAUGAUUCACUUCUUUUAUUGCCGGUUUCGGUGUAGGCUGGCUUGGGUGGCUUGAAAAGUAUUGUACUUGUACUGUAUGUGAUAUUUUUGGCUUUUUCUUUUUCUUCCCCUCUCUUCUUCUGGGACAUUGGAAAUAUGGGGACGUAUCCCUGUGUCGUACCCGUGGGACGUAGACAGUAGGGUUUUCCUUUGUUGGAUAUUAUCAGAUUUUCGCUUUGCUUCCUUUUUUUCCCGGAUGGAUAUGACGGAUUUAUGUGCUUCCUUUGCCGUAUAUAUAGCGUUGGGUAGUAGCGGUUUCGUGGUGUUAUAUCUACUCGUAGGGAUAGUGGUUAGUCAUUUCUUUCUUUAUCGCUGUCGACCAAGCGAUCAAGACUUGUACGAUACUGAACAGUGAAUGAAAAGUAUUCAUGACCCCUCA